AUGGCGUACAAUGGUAGCUUUGCCAGUGGUGCGACAGGAACUUCUGCGACCGUAGCCACAAACGAUGCCUUUGUUGAUCCCAAUCAACAAAAAGAGUAUGAAGCAGCUUGGGCUCAGUAUUAUGCUCAAAUGGGACAACAAGAUCCCAACGCAGCUGCGGCUGCUGGUGCCUCCGUAGGAGCCGAGUAUUCUGGAUAUUAUGCUGAAGCCAGUGCUCCAGCACCUGAUGCUUACAAUCCCACCGAGUACACACCAAAGCCUGUUUAUGAAGAAGGAGGAUACAGUGCAAAUUUCGCAGCGAGAGGAGGAUCUCGAGGUGGCUUUGAUCGAGGUGGUCACAGAGGUGGACGCGGCGGUGAUAGAGGUGGACGCGGAGGAUUCGGUGGAGACCGUGGCGGCAGUUAUGGCGGUUAUAACAGCGGAAGAGGAGGAUUCGGAAGCGAUCGUGGUGGCUCUGAUAGACCUUUUGGAGACAGUGGUCGUGGAGGCUUUGGCGAUCGUGGAGGAUAUGGCGAUCGUGGAUCUCAUGGAGGUGACCGCGGUGAAAGAAGCUAUGGAGACCGUGAUAGAGGCGAUCGUGACCGCUCUGACAGAGGCUAUGGAGAUCGCGACCGUAAUGAUAGAGGAGACAGAGAUCGGGAUCGCGGUGGAGACCGUGGGGAUCGUGGACGUGGUCGCGAUUAUGGCAGCAGAGACGCAGGAGGAGGCUUUGGAGAUCGUUAUGGACGUGAUGGCGGAUAUGGAAGAGAAGGAGGCCGAUCUAGCCGUUGGGAAGACAACAGCCGUGGUGGUCGCGGAGGCGGAUUCGGAGGACCGGGCGGCGGCCCCGGUGGAAGAGGAGGUUAUCAAGAAAGGGGCGGAUUUGGCAGUGGCGGCUCACGCGGAGGAUCUGGAGCUUCUGCGCCUGGAGCUGGAGCUGGAGCUGGUGAUGAUCGCAUCGAGCUGAAAGAAACAGUCUUUGUCCAAGGAGUACCUACAACUGCAAACGAAACAUAUAUUGCUGAUGUUUUCUGCACAGUAGGAGAGAUCGCAAAGAACGACAGAACAGGUGAACCUCGUAUAAAAAUUUAUACUGAUAGGGGAAGUGGGGAGCCCAAGGGAGAAUGUAUGAUUACAUUCGUCUCAGCCGAUGUUGCUCAGCAAUGCAUUCAAAUGUAUAAUGGACAAGCUUUCCCUGGAGCUGAUAAACCAAUGAUCAUAAGCAUAGCCAAGUUCAAAUCUCAAGAUUCUCGUGGAGGUGAUAGAGGAGGCUUUGGUGGACGCGGAGGAAUGGGAGGCCGAGGAGGACGAGGCGGUCGUUUCGAUGAUGGUGGAUUCGGUGGAAGAGGCCGAGGUGGCGGAUUCCGCGGUGACAGAGGUGGCUUUGGAGGUCGAGGAGGAAGAGGUGGUAUGAACAACGGUUAUGAACAACGCCAGAACGACUGGGUCUGUGGAGACUGUGGUAACAAUAACUUCGCAUUCAGACAGGCAUGCAACCAAUGCAAUGCUCCCAAACAGGGAGGUGGCGGUGGUGGUGGUCAAUCCAGUGGUGGACCAAUGAGAGGUGACAGUGCUGGAGGUGGAGAUAGACAUCGUCCUUAUUGA